GUUACAUUCUGAAAACAGCUUUGUCACCGGCAAAAUAAUAGAAAGUAUUGAAAUAUAGGUGAUAAUAAAGAUGCGGAUGAACAUAACUUCCGCAGCAGGAGUCAUCUCCUUGCUUGACGAACCAGAGCAACAACUGAAAAUGUUCGCUCUGGACAAAUUGAAUAAGAUAGUAGACGUGUUUUGGGCAGAAAUUUCGGAGACGAUCGACAAAAUUGAGGUUCUAUAUGAAGAUCCUGGCUUCAAACACAGAGAACUGGCAGCGUUAGUGGCCUCGAAAGUCUACUAUCAUCUUGGUGCCUUUGAGGAAUCCCUUACCUUUGCUCUUGGGGCUGGUGAUUUGUUCAAUGUCAACUGUAAAUCAGAAUUUGUGGAGACCAUCAUUGCCAAAUGUAUUGAUCAUUAUACCAAAUUGCGUGUUCAUAAUGCUGAAAGUUCUGAAGAAGACCAAAAACCAAUUGAUGCCAGAUUAGAAGCAGUGGUUAACAGAAUGUUCCAGCGAUGCUUUGAUGACAGAAUGUACAAACAAGCCAUUGGAAUAGCGCUAGAAACCAGAAGAAUUGACAUUUUUGAGAAAGCCAUUAAAAGUGCUGAUGACAGCCAAGCAAUGCUUACUUAUGGAUUUAAAGUUUGCAUGUCUUUGAUACAAAAUCGCCACUUUAGAAGCACUAUUCUCAAACUUUUAACUAAGUUGUAUAUGGGUUUAGGAACACCUGAUUAUAUAAAUGUUUGUCAGUGUUAUAUUUUCUUGGAUGAUUCACAAUCAGUAGCAGACAUUUUGGAAAAGUUGAUCAAAGGUGAUGAAGAUUCUGCUUUGAUGGCUUACCAGAUUGGUUUUGAUCUGUAUGAAAGCGCCUUGCAACAAUUUAGACAAAGAAUCCAGGCUGCUCUCAGAGCUGCUGCACCGGCACCUAUACCUGAUGGCACCAGUGUCAAGAAAGAAGAGAAGGAGAAAGAUACUGCCAUGGAUACCAGUGAAGAGGGGACAAAACCCAUUCAAGCUACAUCAGAUAGUGCUCCUGCUCCAAUCAAAGAGGAAAAUCUAAGUGAAAGUGACAAAAAGUUACAAGAUAGAUUGGUGAAAUUACAUACAAUUCUUGGUGGAGAAACAACGAUUUAUUUACAUUUGCAGUUUCUAGUGAAAAAUAACAAAACUGACUCUCUAAUUCUGAAAAAUACUAAAGAUGCUGUACGCAAUUCCAUCUGCCAUUCAGCCACAGUAAUUGCUAAUUCAUUUAUGAAUUGCGGUACUACAUCAGAUCAAUUUUUAAGAGAUAAUUUAGAAUGGUUAUCCAGAGCUACCAAUUGGGCAAAAUUUACUGCCACAGCAAGUUUAGGAGUUAUUCAUAAAGGUCAUGAAAAAGAGGCAUUGAAUCUGAUGGCAUCAUACCUACCAAAAGAUAGUUCUCCUGGCUCAGCUUAUUCAGAAGGUGGUGGCCUCUAUGCUUUAGGACUUAUUCAUGCUAAUCAUGGUGGAGAAAUAACAGACUAUUUACUAGGCCAAUUGAAAGAUGCCCAAACUGAUAUGGUGAGACAUGGAGGCUGUUUAGGACUGGGACUAGCAGCAAUGGGCACUGCAAGGCAGGAUGUCUAUGAACAACUGAAAUAUAAUCUUUAUCAAGAUGAUGCUGUCACUGGAGAAGCUGCUGGGCUGGCUAUGGGUUUGGUGAUGUUGGGUACAAAGUCUGGAACAGCUAUUGAGGAUAUGGUAGCUUAUGCCCAAGAUACCCAGCAUGAGAAGAUUUUAAGAGGUUUGGCUGUUGGUAUUGCUCUUACUAUGUUUGGUCGGUUGGAAGAGGCUGAUGCAUUAAUUGACACCUUAUCCAGAGACAAAGAUCCAAUCCUUCGAUGGUCUGGAAUGUAUACUAUUGCCAUGGCUUAUUGUGGUUCUGGUAACAAUCAGGCUAUUCGACGUCUGCUUCAUAUUGCUGUCAGUGAUGUCAAUGAUGAUGUCAGAAGAGUUGCUGUCACAUCUCUGGGAUUCCUUCUCUUUAGAACACCAGAACAGUGUCCCAGUGUAGUUUCCUUAUUAUCUGAAAGCUACAAUCCACAUGUUAGAUUUGGUGCAGCUAUGGCACUUGGUAUUGCAUGUGCUGGAACUGGUCUAAAAGAAGCAUUGAAUCUGUUGGAACCAAUGACCAACGACUCAGUCAAUUAUGUCCGACAAGGAGCUCUCAUUGCAUCUGCUAUGGUACUGGUACAACAGAAUGAAAACACUUGCCCUAAAGUUGCCCACUUCCGUCAACUGUACACUAAGAUCAUCAGCGACAAACAUGAUGACAUCAUGGCUAAAUUUGGAUCAGUUUUAGCACAAGGUAUCAUUGAUGCUGGAGGAAGAAACAUGACCAUAAAUUUGCAGACGAGAACUGGACACACUUUCAUGGAGGCUGUUGUAGGAAUGUUGGUCUUCUGUCAAUUUUGGUUUUGGUACCCUUUGACUCACUUCCUGUCUAUGGCUUUCACACCAACCACUUUGAUUGGAUUAAAUGCUGAUCUGAAGAUGCCUAAAUUAGAAUUCAGAUCAAAUGCCAAGCCAUCAACUUAUGCCUACAUCCCACCAUUAGAGGAAAAGAAAGACAAAGCAAAAGAAAAAGUUGAAACUGCUGUUCUGAGUAUAACAGCCAAGCAAAAGAAGAAAGAUGCAGAGAAGAAAAAGGAGGAAAAGGAAGAAAAAAUGGAAGAUGAAAAAAAGAAAGAUGGAGAAGAGAAGAAGGAAGGAGAAAAAGAACCAGAAAAAGAAGAAAAGAAGAAGGAACCUGAGCCAUCUUUCCAGAUGUUGAACAACCCUGUCAGAGUUAUGAAAUCUCAAUUAAAAGUAUUGUCAAGUGUGGAAGGUUCCAGGUAUAAGCCGGUUAAAGAGUUAGUUAUUGGUGGAAUAAUCAUGUUGAAAAAUCGUAAACCUGAAGAAGAGGAAGAGAUAGUUGAAGCUGUUGUUGCUGGGGGUCCAAAGACUGAAGAAGAAGAGGAACCAGAACCACCUGAGCCAUUUGAGUACACUGAAGAUUAGAUAAUAUACUGUUCUUGAAUUUUUGAUCCAACACAUAAGUACACAGUUUGAAAAUCUGAAUCUACAUGUUAAUCAAAACCACACCAAUGAAUACAUUGACAUAACAUAGAUUCAGACAUAGAUCAAGGUUGAAUCAUUGAUUUAUUUGUAUCAACAAGUUUGAAAUUGAGAAGUUCACAGUUUGAGAACAUUUUUAUAAUUUCCAGGUUGGGUUCUUGCUAUAGGAAAAUAAUAGUCUAGGGAGGCGCCAUGUUACUUUAGCAACAGUACGUAAUAAAUGUGAGUAAUUAUCUAAAGUAAUGCUAAAGGAACAUUGGGUGGCACUUGAUUGGUGAGUUCUCAACAGGUUCCAUUUGUUCAAGUCUUGAUCUGAAUCGCAUUCUACAUAAGAUUAUUUAAAAUUC